UAUAAAUAUAAUCUCCAACUUCUCCUUUAGAUCUUACAAUACAAAAACAUAUCAUCGGAACAAUGGGUUUGGCUAAAGUCUCUUCCCUUCUCCUUGUGAUUCUGUUUCUCAUCAAUGGUGGUUCCUCCACCACUUUCACCAUCGUUAACCAGUGCAACUACACCGUCUGGCCGGGACUUCUCUCUGGCGCCGGCACCGCUCCAUUACCUACCACCGGUUUCCAACUCAGCUCUUCCGAGUCACGACUCAUCUCCAUACCCGCCGCUUGGUCCGGCCGCAUAUGGGGACGCACACUCUGCAACCAAAACGAAACCACCGGGAGAUUCACUUGCGUCACCGGCGACUGCGCCUCGUCCCAAAUCGAGUGUUCUGGCGCCGGAGCAAUCCCUCCAGCUACGUUAGCCGAAUUCACACUCAACGGCGCCGAAAAUCUCGAUUUCUACGAUGUCAGCCUCGUGGACGGUUACAACUUACCAAUGACAAUCGUCCCUAACGGCGGAGCCAUCGGAGUCGGUAAGUGCAACGCCGCAGGCUGCGCGGCGGAUCUCAACGGUGUGUGUCCGGAGCAGCUUAAAGUAACGGUUGAAGCAGCUGGAACGACAAGUGUGGCGUGCAAGAGCGCUUGUGAGGCGUUUGGAACGCCGGAGUUUUGCUGUAGCGGCGCGUUUGGAACGCCGGACACGUGUAAGCCUAGCGAGUACGCUGUUUUUUUUAAGAAUGCUUGUCCGACGGCUUAUAGUUACGCUUACGACGACGGUACAAGCACCUUUACUUGCUCCGGUGCUGAUUACGUCAUCACUUUUUGUCCUUCACCUUCUUCAGUUUAAUAUUUGUGUUAUUAUUAAAUUUACGAAACAAGGAAAUUAAAUCGGAAGUGAUUUUUUUUGA